AUGGCCGCGCUGGUCUCUCAAGGCCGGGCCUGUCGGGCGUCAACGUCGACCGCACCGGGCACAGGAGUUCCGCCGGCCGCACUGCGCACCGCGAAAAUCACGGGGGCCUACAUUGCAGCGAUAGGCAUUUGCCUGGUGGUGGCCCCCACCACCCUCUUCGGCCUCGUCUUUGACGUCGUAGAGUUGCAGCGCCUUUGGAUUCGAGUCUUCGGCUCCCUCUGCGCGCUGCUGGGAUGGUACUACUUCGGCGCUGCCCGCGACGGAAGCCGGGGAUUCCUGGAAGCCACGGUGUCGGGUCGCUUCGUCUUGGCACUGCUGCUUUUGGCCAUCGUUGGCUCCGAGGGAGUGCGUCUACCUCACACCGGGGACUCCUUUGCCUCCUGGUUUCGAUCCAGUCACAUGGGACUGGUUCUCCUCGCCGCCACGAAUGCAGCUGGGGCAGCUGCCAUGCACCGUGCACUUCGCAGACCCACAUGA